AUGCCGACAACUACCUGGGCCUCAGACUUUGACCUGGUCAAUCUCGGCCCUCUGACCACCACCUUCACAGCUCCGCCUGAAUGUACCCUGCCGGUCCAAGGUGUCGGGCUCGGCCCCGACGCUUAUGAGCCUGACUACAUCCUAUGGAACCAACAAUGCGACAUAGUAUCGGCUGGCAACUGUCUCCCGUCGGGGUCUACAAUGGACGAUGAUUACAAUUCUCGCACCGGUCAACCAAAUCGAGGUUAUCAGCUUUACUACUACUCGCCAGCUGCGGCGUGUCCGGCAGAUUGGAAGACUGUCGGCCUUGUAUCACGAGCCAACGAUGGCUCACUGUCGUACAGCGGAGUUUUUGAUCCGUCGUGGGUAACGCGUCCCGAGGCAUCGGUAACGACGAAGACAGUCUUUAACCCCCUCGUCCAUCGAUGGGCGAAUGCACUUGGCCCUCAAGAGACCGGAAUCGCAUGCUGUCCCAGGCGCGUGGCCAUUUUCAAAGCUAUCUGUGUACUUCCCUACCAAGCCGAGCAACAUGCCAGCCGCUGCCAUUCAGCCGGCCUCACAAGAUCGCGGGUGGGACGGGAGGCAAGAGUCGAACUUAUUGUGCUCGACCACCAAUUAGUAUGGUGGGCUGAGUCGCGGGCCAGUCACCAUGAUCUCAACGCCUUCAUGAUUGCAGUGUUUGCCUUGUCCAUCAAAUGCCGUUGCAACGCUCGAACGCGGAGAGGCAGAGCUCGGAUUCAAUCUAGACGAGCUGUGCGAAGUCUAUAA